UAGUAACAAGACUGAACGCGAGACAGUUGAGUUUGAAGAUACUUUCCGCUCGGUUUUAAUGGAGGAGGCAGCAAUACAACGUUAUACGUCAGCCCUUUGAUUGACCUAGUGAGAUAUUUGGAUUAAAAGCGCAGAGAGAGAUAUCAGAACUUUCGAAUAAUUCGAAACGAACAUUAAACUUUUCCAUUUUUCUUCAGAUCUUACCAUUAUUAAUGAACACUGAAAGGAAAACAAAAUCAGAAUUAGAAAUAUUCCAUGAACCCGGCCGUGCCUUCAAUCGAGAAAUAAGGACAUAGCAAUGUACGGGGAUUACAUUUUGGAUUAAUUUCAUCGGCUUCAUUAUCGGAUGUCGUCUGCAAGAAGCAAGUGCCAGUAGAAGGACGAAGGAAUUCUGUUUCUACAUUUUUGUUGAGAAAUGGAGAUCUUCCUUGUCAUCACUUUUAAUUAGAUUAAUGAACAUCACAGUCUCAGAUUUCAUUUAUAUGCUAUUCCAACGCAUUUCAUUUACAACAAUCGUGCUUAUAAGCGGCGUCAAGGAUUGUGCACCAUUUUUAUGCCAAUUUUUCCUUUUGCCCUCCGAUUACUUUGAACUCCAUCACAUAUUGUGACGUAAACAAUGCGCACCCAAUAAAACUUUUUUUUCGCGCGCUACUCUAGUCAACAAAAAAAUAUUGUAACAACGCAGAAGGCCUAUAGGAGACAGAACACCAUCCUUUCAGUUAAAACCCAUACCAUUUUUUUUUAAUUUCCACUCCAAGGAAAUCCUCAAGAACAUAAGCAGUCUGAUUUUUUUUUUAUGUUAUGGUACACAGUGAAAGUGAAUGAAGCUAACAAGAAAAUAACAAAGUGCAAACAAAACGAACUCAAACGUAAUCUUUCAAGUUCACUCUGGAAUCACGAAGGUAAACAAUAGUCCAAUAAAAAAGGCCCUCUUGGCAUAGACCUACUUCGAAUAGACACUGAGCUAUAACUUCGUAAAUUUCAACCACAAAAAAGAGAAACACUAACGGACAGGGCAAUAAUGUGGGAAUUCAUCGAAGGUACUCGUCGACCAGGGCGACAAACUGUCCAAAGCGGAGUCUUGCUCGUUAUCAUCACGGUGUUCGUCUUCAUGACCGCCUAUCCCGCGAAGGCCACUCUAGCAGACGACGCACAUAUCCGUAAUGAACGCGGUGUUGUGUUCCGCGAUCAGGGAAAUAUCCUUUACGACAACGGAACUCUCGUGUUCGAUGCCGCUUUGAACGACGAUAUCGAAGUUUAUCUGAUUGAUGAUAUGGAUUAUGAGUGGGAGGGUAUUGGCGAUCGAGCUGCGGGCUGGGUGUGGGAAGGAGUAGUGAGAGCAGUCCCUCCGAGCAAAGUGAUAGCGCUCCUGAAAGAGCAUCUAAUAGCUGACGAAUUUGACGUCUCCUCAACAGUAAAGGAGAUCUUGAAUGUCGAGAUGCCCGUUAUCAUUACGUCGUUCAUGCUCAUCACUAUGGCUAUCAUCAUGCCCCUCGUCGGCAUCAUAUUCUGCUGCUGCCGAUGCGCGGGAAAAUGUGGCGGGAUUCGCAAGGAAGAGGACCUCGUUGCCAUGGGAACCAAGGGCGGUAUUAUCGUCUGCGCCCUGUUGCUCAUUGUUUGUGCAUUCAUCGGGACGAUGAGUUACUUGACGACCCCGUCGAUCAUUCGUAUGGUCGAUUCCGUUGAACACACGAGCACAACGGCGAAUAACAUUUUGGAAGAUAUCGAAACAUUUAAAGAUGAUUUCAUACAGGAUUUGAAUCAAGUUGGAGUGGAUGACCUUGGUUUUGUUACAGGAGCUGUCUAUACAAAAUUAGAUGCUGUUGGAGAGGAGGUGGCGUCUCCGUUGCUAAUGGAAACAACACCGUAUUUGAACGAUUUGUCUGAUUCUGUUGAGAAUUUAGGAUUAGAACUUGCAUCUUUUACGAGCGAUGGCUCGACGUUAGACCUCCUCCUUCAGACAUCUUUAAACCUAGUCUCGGUCGGACAGUCGCUUCUUGAUGCACUUGAUGUAGCCAAAAAUAACAUGACUACAAUAAGAGAUGAGUGUCUUGCUGAUCCCCCACGAGCAUUGUCUGGGGCAUGCGACGGUAUUCCAGAUCCUUCUAUUCUGGACAGUAGCAGUAUAGACUUUAGCACGAUUGAUAUCGGGGUCGUUGACCUUGAUGACCUUAGAAACGAGAUGGACUCCGCCCUAGCAACCAUUCGUGACCUGAUUGACUCGGGAAACGAGACGUUGCAAGAUGUUCCUGAAUUGAUAGCUAACACAAGUGUAACAUCAAUCGAUGAAAUUCGAGAUGCAGUAAGCCAGUUGCAAGAAGUGGUCGAAGAACUUGUUAACGAAACCUCUCAGUCAUUAAACGAAGUAUUUGACUCGCUCAACUUAGAUUCAUUGAAAGAGACAAUCGACACGACAGUUCAGAUUCCAGUAGAAAAAAGUGUCACUGAUAUGAUUGCAUCCCUCGUACCUCUCCUACUAUCCUUCAUGGUUAUCCUUACCGGUCUUGGGCUCCUCAUCGCCCUUGCCGGCCUGAGGUGCAACAACGGACCGCAUAGUCGGGGCUGUGGAUGUGACUGCGGAGGCAAAAUGUUGAUGGGAUCGGUAUGCUGGUCUUUCACAAUCUCAUUGGUGAUCUGUUUACUUGCGGCCACCUUUCUCGUCAUAGGCUCCACCCUCACAAUCGUCUGUGAUUCGCUUAUCGACCUCUCACUCAUCCAAGAGGUUGUUGAUGACCCAGAAGUGUGGGGAGGGAGUCCCAUAACCGAUGGCUUUUCGUUUGGCAAUUCAACUCUCAACGUCACUGUCUAUGAAAUCUUAGAGUGAGUAUAGCAAGCUAUCUGU